AUGAGAAAGCGUGGAGCUGCCGUCGCUGGCGGCACUCGCGGGAACGAAAUGGUGUGGGUUCAUGUAGGUCUCAUGUCCUCAGGAGACUGCUGUCGUGGCUCACUCUCGGUGGCCUUGCUCUACCGAUUGUCGUCGCUACGGGGGUUUUCGGGAGGCGGCUUGGCUUCAAUUGUAACCAUCGAUACCCGCUACGCAGCAAAGGAUAUGAUCAGCGAUGUUCUGGCAGACGCCUCUUCGCCCGUUCUGGGAAUUCAGCUUGGUCAACGCACCACCACUCACUCCGUGUUACUUGGCCCCAACGUGUGUACUGUAGGUACCACCGCUUGGGCAUUCGUAUAUUCGUUCGAUGACCAGGGUCUUGCGACCACCACCACCACAGACAACCAUCUGUCACAAUGCGUGUUGGAGGCAACAUGCAUUUACGCAAGUGUGCCUUUCGUCUAUUUGAGUGUUUGUUACACCAAGUGA